CUCGAAUUGAAAUCACACAAUAGUCUUAUUCGAAAUGAUCAAGCUACAAACCAAAAUACAGUUUUUCUUAUUCGUUUUCACCCUUGGAACAAGGGCUGACAACACCUGUAAAAUAACACAUUUCAAUCAAGUUUCGACAGCCGUAGAAAGAUGCACUGAUAUCAUUAUAUCGAAUUUACUGGUUCCCGGUGGAGAAACCUUGAAAUUGAAUGUCACUAAAGGUACCAAAGUAACUUUCGAAGGUGUUACCACUUUCGAAGUUGCUUACUGGGAUGGACCCUUGCUAGAUUUUUCCGGAGAAGGUUUACUGGUAGAAGGAGCCCCAGGCAGCAUUUUAUACGCUCAAGGUGAAAAAUAUUGGGACGGGCAAGGCGGAGGCGGUGGUGUCAAGAAACCAAAAUUUGUCCAGAUCUCGACAACUGGGGGAUCAAUUUUCAAAAAUAUUUAUUUGUUGAAUUGUCCGUUCUUUUGUGUGGGUAUGCAUGCUUCGGAUUUAACAAUUACGGGAUGGGUAAUUGAUGCUGUGGCAGGAAAUACGCAAGAUGGUUUGAACACCGACGGUUUCGGUGUUGGACAUGCUGAAAACUUGUUAAUCGAAAAUUCCGUUGUGUUAAACCAAGACGAUUGUGUAGUGGUUAAUGGUGGUUCCAAUAUGGUUUUUAGAAACAUCCAAUGUUAUGGUACCCACGGUUUGAGUAUGUCAGUUGGUAGUUUCACUGAUGACAAUACAGAUGGUGGCGUUUUGAAAAAUAUCACUUUCACCGAUUGCUUAGUAGCCGACGGCCUAUACGGGAUACAUUUAAAAACUAAAAAAGGACGUGCGCUUAUAAGCGAUGUCACUUAUAAAAACAUUGCGUUUUCAGGUAUUCAAGAGGAUGGAAUAUACAUCAACCAAGAUUACGGCGAUAUUGGAAAUUAUUCGAGGCAAAUCGAAAUAACUAAUUUGAAAAUGAUAAAUAUAUAUGGGUCCGUACAGGGUGAACUCACCAGACCUGUUCAUAUUGUAUGUAGCGAAAAUAAAUGUUCGAAUUGGACAUGGUCGGACAUUAACAUUUUAGGAACCGGAAGCAGCUAUUGCAAUUUUAUACCAUCCGGAUUUUCUUGUUAAUGCUUAUAAUCAAAUGUGGUUUGAAAUAAAUUCCUAAUUGAUUCUCGUCA